AUUGUUUGACAAUUAUUGGUAGGCCACUGCAAGCAGCUGCUUUGAAUCAUUUAUCAUUCAAAGUACAAAGUUGUGGAAUUAUUUUCACGGUCCACGUUGCCAACCCGACGGUGUGUCGUAGUCGGUGAGCCCGCACUGUAUCUGUCACUCUCUAUGGUUAUGGUGACGACCUUCCGAAUGAUACGGUGAUGACUGAUAACUGAAAAUCAUAUGUCUGCGGAUACGAAUACGAAAGUCGUCCGCAAGUAAUAAAUAUAAUAUUCUGUGAGUCUUCUUUUUUGAAACAAAUCGACACAGUGGAUUAAGAUUAGUUCAGCCCACCGGGCAGUCGAUCAAAAUGGCUUUGACUAACGUUAAAAGGAUUCUCUUUCGCGCGCCACCGUCUACUCGGCACAUCAUAGGCAAGGCUCUGCAAGCGUCCAUUGGACCAAAACCGCAGAAACCUGCGCCGUUCCCGUACAAAGAGAAGGACUAUACGAUGCUCAGGAGUUUAUUCGACAAGACAACGUCGCGUUUCGAUGAGAACAGCAAGUUGAUCGUUCUCGAAGGACCUGUCGGAAUUGGAAAGACGGCUGUUGGACAUCAGCUUGCCGAUUUAUUGGAUAUGCAUUUUAUGCCAGAUGUUUCAAUGGACACGUAUUACAUAAAUGACUAUGGUUACGAUAUGCGAAAACUAGACCCUCAAUUGCCGGUCAAUUGUCGUAGUUUUGAUGAGAAGAAUUUUCUUGAAAACCCGGAGCACUUUAAUGCUGCAUCGUUUCAAAUAAUCAAAUACAAGUUGCGUUAUGCUCAUUACAUUGACGCCAUUGCACACUUGUUAAACACUGGGGAAGGUGUAAUUAUUGAACGCAGUCCAUACAGUGAUUUUGCGUUUAUAGAAGCAAUGCAUAAAUGCAAGUAUGUCAGCAAAGCAGCACGUGAAAUGUACUAUACACUGUACAAGCAUGUUAUGCCUGAUUUGUUGCAUCCUCAUUUGGUUAUCUAUUUGGAUGCACCAGUACCAAGAUUGUUAGAUCUUGUAAAAGAAAGAAAACUACCUCAUGAAGUUAAUUCAAAGGCAAUGAAUACUAAGUUUUUAGAAACUAUGGAUAGCGAAUUGAAAUACAAAUUCUUGAGAGAUAUCAGCAAAAAAUCUGAAGUAUUAGUUUAUGAUUGGUCAGAAGGUGGAGAUGCAGAAAUAAUCGUGGAAGAUUUAGAACGCUUAGAUAUCGAUAAUUAUGAUGAGAAUGAUCCAAAGAUAGAAGACUGGACUUAUUCAAGAGAACAAUAUUGGGCUGAUGUACGAAUGAAAUAUACCAAUUGUAAAGAAGAUUUAAUUUCUAAUUUUAACGUCCCUCUUGUUGAUGCUCCAGAACUUCUCAUACCUGGCGAAGAAGCUGAAGUUUUUACACAUGCUUGGUUCAAAGCUGAAGGAAAUACACACGCAGAUGGUUAUGAUCCUAAAUACCAUAGCUUUACAGAAUUAUUAUUCAAAACCAAGGCUAAGAAAGGCUGGAGUCCGGUAUCUUAAAGGGAAAAUACAUUUAUGAUUUUGUAUAAUUUUAUUCGUAAAUGAUAGCUUAGCUAAGACAAAAAUACUCUUGUCCCGUUCUGUUUAAAUAUAAUUUUAUUGUAUCAUCCAACAUUUAAAUACAAUAUUUAUAUAUUAUUA